GACACGCAGCCAUUCAGCAAACACCUCCCUUGUCUGGAUUGGUGGUGCCCGCGCGCCAACAAUCGAGGAGAAACGAACAAAAUCACCUGCCACCUUGGGAAAACUCACUAUUUCGAAUUUGGUCUUUGGCCGGUUAGCAAGCAAGUGUUCAUUCAUCUUACCUAGUAGUAGGUACCUUAGCAGAGGAAAUCUAUUACCCUAAUUCGAUCAUCGGUUGGUGUAGUUUGGAAAAAAAAGAGUAAAAUGUCUUCACUAGUGCUGUAUCAUUUUCCCAUUUCGCCGCCCUCCCGCGCCGCCCUGCUCGUGAUCCGCAACCUUGAGCUGGAUGCUGAGGUCAAAAUCCUCAACCUGUUUGCCGGCGAGCACAUGCAGGAGGAGUUUCUGAAAAUCAACCCACAACACACGGUUCCCACGCUGGUAGAUGAUGACUACGUCCUCUGGGAAUCCAAGGCCAUUGCCACGUACUUGGUGGACCAAUUCAAGCCGGACAGCCCGCUGUACCCAUCGGACCCCCGCAAGAGAGGUAUUGUGAACCAGAGGCUGUACUUCGAUGCCACGGUCCUGUUUGCACGUGCCUACGCUGCCGUUAUGCCCGUCAUGCGACAGGGUGCCACCAACAUUCCUCAGGAGAGGAAGGAUAGCAUUCUCGAAGCGCUGGGAACGCUCAAUACCUACCUCGAGGGACAGGAUUGGGCCGCGGGAGACGACUGCACCGUAGCGGAUUUGUGCCUCUUGGCCACCGUUUCUACUAUGGAGAAAAUCGGAGUCGAUUUUAGCGAGCUGGCCAACGUGAAAGCCUGGUACGAACGCUGCCAGUCGCUGCCCGGAUACGAGGAGAACGAAGAGGGUGCAACGGCCUUCGGCAACGCCAUUAAGUCUAAGCUAGAGGAACCCUUCUAAGAAUCUUUAGUGGUUCGGCGUUAGUCAGAUAAACCGAUAAGCAUAAAUAUAUGUAGAGUAGUAGCACGGGCACUGCUUUUUUAAUAAGUGUAUAGGAUAUAUGUAGGUAACUAACUUAACAGAUUUGAUCUGUCUAAAAUGUUGUUUUAUUGUCAAGCAAAGCGACUACAAUAUAGUAAGUAACAAAUUCGUUGAAGAAAAGUGUUCAAUAUACAUGCACAUUGGCACAAAAAG